AUGCUCAUCAAAGAAUACCGCGUGGUGCUGCCUCUCACCGUUGCUGAGUACCAAGUGGCUCAGCUGUUUGCGGUAGCGGAAGCGAGCAAGAACGAAACAGGAGGCGGCGAAGGUGUCCAAGUGCUGAAGAACGAGCCUUACACGGGUCACCCACUGAUCGGCGACCGUUUUCCUGAUGGCCAGUUUACGCACAAGAUCUACCAUUUACAAACGCAAAAAAGUGCCGUGGUGGACCCGGAAACUGGCCCCAGCAGGCUCUUUGGAGUUGCACGAGAAAGCUUGGAAUGCGUUCCCGUACUGCAGAACCAUUCUUACCGUAAGUCGCUAUUGCUCGCAUCCGCGUUUCCUUCGACGACAGACAAGAUGCGUUGUUUAACUGUAUAAAA